CACACACACUUGUUCAGCUAAGCUUAAACACAGUAAAGCACUUCCCUAAAGUCCUACAUGCAGCUGAUCAAUCUGUCCAUCAGACGGUCAUAUUUCUCUUUCUGACAGACAGAGCGGUUUGGCUCGGCUCAGCUGAUGGACAUGAGGUCUCUGCUGAUACUAGCAGUGUUGUUGGCUGUGAUAAGGGACGGCAAGGGACAGAAACCAACAGUGUUACUCCGGCCGAAGUUCCCACAGGUGUAUGUCGGAGAUGACAUCACUCUGAUCUGUAACCGUGAAGGAGGGAGUAAACCAACAACAUGGUAUCGUGAUGGAAAAGUACAAGGAUCAUAUAAGGAUUAUACAAUGCUGCUUACUGCAGUGACACCAGAAAACAACGGGUCGUAUAAAUGUGGGCAGGACAAUCAGGAAAGUGACCCGUUCACACUCAUUGUACUGGGUAUGAACACCAUCCUAAACGUUCAUGAUCGUCUGUUGUGUUCCUCCUGCUGUUUCUCAACAGUAGAUGUGCAGGAUGUUCAGUCUGACCAGUGUUUGGUGUGUUUCUCAGAGCUCCUGGUGAUGUUGGUUCCUCCGGCCGUUCCUGUCCUGCAGGGGGAGUCUGUGGCUCUCAGGUGUGUAGUCUGGGGUGGACCGAAACUGGAAAAUGCUGUCUUCUAUAAGGAUAAAACACAAGUCAUCAGCUCAUCUGAAGGCACAUACACCAUCACCAACGCCACACAAGAUAAUAACGGCAAGUACAGCUGCCACGCCACCUACAGGUACACACGCAUCAGUGCAGGAGCUGCUAGGAAGGAAGGAGAUUCUGAUGCCCAGGAGAUAAAAGUUAUAGAUGGGCCUGCUGCUGCAGUUAUUUCAGAGUCUGCACAGAGUCUGCAGUGUUCCUGUCCUCGCUGUCCUAAAACCUACACGUCCUACCGCUGGAAUCACACACUCUUUAAUGACCAACAGUCACAUAAAAGACUACCUGAAAGUGACAUGUCUAUUACUCCUGAGGAAGAAGGACUGUACAGCUGCCGGCUCGACUGCGGGAAUGGUUUCUCCCGUUUCAGCGAUAGUUACAGCUACAAAGCCCCACUACAGACUCUGAACGUGAUGCCCAUCAUGAUAGCGGUGAUUCUGAUUGUUCUCGGGCUGUUGAUCGUCUUGCUGAUCGCACUGAAGCGCAGAAGUGGAGGAAGCGAAGUCCAGGCAACCAAACGGGAUAAAGACAAGAAGACAGGUGGAGAAUAUGAGCAAAUCCAACUCAAGGACAAGGAUCAGGCGGUUUAUCACACGCUGGGCGAGAGCACGGCCAAGGAGCAGGGCAAAGACGAGGCCGAGGGGGGAUAUGAAGCCCUACAAAAGAAGCAGGAGGACGGGGUGUACCACACACUAGGACCUGGAGAAGGUCAGGGUGAAGCUCAAGGUGGGUACGAGGCUCUUAAGAACGUCAAAGCCGAAGUGUACCAAACACUGAGUACAGAUGACUCGAAAAAACCAGAAGGAGCAGCCGAGGGAGGGUACGAGCAACUUCCUCAGAAAAACAAAGAUUAUGAGGCCGUGACAGUGGAGGAAAAUCCAUAUGAAGAAGUGAAGAAACAAAUGGAAAAAGAGAAAGAAUGAAUUAACACAAUAGUCAAUG